CCUCGCUUGCAGCUGCCGCCGGUUCCAGCCCUGCCCUCCCGGAGCUGCCAGAGGCUCGCGGGUCCCGGACACAUCCCGCCGCCGGGGCUGCCACCGGGGCAUGGGUGCCGCGGGCCUGCUCUGGGUUUCCUUGGCUCUCAUCACGCCGGGGGUGCUCGGUCAGUGUAAGUUCCUGCCAAGCUAUCCUUAUGCUAAGCCUAAAGUUAGGAGUGAUCAGUCUGAGUUUGCUGUGGGGACACAUUUGCAAUAUGAAUGCCUUCCUGGGUAUAUCAAAAGGUCAUUCUUAAUCACCUGUCUAGAGACCUCCCGGUGGUCAGAUCCUCAGCUAAACUGUAAACGUAAAUCAUGUGUGAGUCCUGGAGAACUCCUCUAUGGCUCUGUCCACACACCCAUGGGUAUCGUGUUUGAGUCAACAAUUACAUUUUCUUGUAAUGAAGGAUAUCGACUCAUUGGUGAAUCAUCUGCUACAUGUGUUAUCUCACACAGCAAUGUUGUAACCUGGAAUAGGGACAUGCCUGUUUGUGAAUCUAUUCCUUGUAAGUCACCCCCAGCCAUCUCCAAUGGGGCAUUUGAUGGCAGCAGUACAGAUAACUUUUACUAUGGAAUGGUGGUGACUUAUAGGUGCCAUGUUGGACCGGAUGGGAAAAAGCUCUUUGACCUCGUGGGUGAGAAGUCAAUAUCUUGCACCAGCAAAGACAAUCAAGUUGGCAUCUGGAGCGGCCCUCCUCCUCAGUGUAUUAAGUUAGUCAAAUGCCCAUUUCCAAAAGUUGAAAAUGGAAUUAUGGAAUCUGGAUUUAGUCGUUCAUUUUCCUUAAAUGAUACUGUGAUGUUUAAGUGUAAGCCUGGCUUUACCAUGAAAGGCAGCAACAAGGCAUGGUGCCAACCAAACAAUAAAUGGGAUCCUCCACUGCCACAUUGCUUGAAGGGGUGUCUACCACCUCCACAUAUCCACCACGGUACUUAUAACAAAAUGGAUAAGGAAUUCUUUGAAACUGAAGAGAAAGUGUCCUACAGCUGUGAGCCUGGCUACACUCUCAUUGGCACUAACCCUAUAUGGUGUACAUCCUUGGGAACCUGGAGCCAUACAGCCCCCAAUUGUGAAGUGAAAUCAUGUGAUGCCAUCCCAAACCAACUUCUCAAUGGCCAGGUGGUGGCUCCUCCUAAUCUCCAGCUUGGGGCAGAGGUUUCUUUUGUUUGUGAUGAGGGGUACCGUUUAAAUGGCAAAUCUUCUAGUCAGUGUGUCUCUGAAGGAAUGAGAGUACUCUGGAAUAAUAAGUUUCCUGUCUGUGAACGGAUUUUUUGUGAUCCUCCUCCUCCUAUCCAAAAUGGUUGGAAUAGUUAUGCUUCUGGCUCCGUACCUCUUAACACUUUGGUGAGGUACACUUGUCCCCCUAGCUACCGCAUCAUUGGAGAAAAGAAUCUUUUUUGUAUAAGUAAAGACCAAGUGAAAGGAAUCUGGGAUAAACCUGCCCCUACAUGUGAAUAUUACAGCAGAAGAUCUACUUGCUCUGAGCCUGUAGUACCAGGGGGACACAAAGACAAAAGAUCUAGACCACCAUACAGACAUGGUGAUUCUGUGACCUUUACCUGUGAUGCCAACUUCACCAUGAAAGGAAACAAGACCGUUUGGUGCCAAGCAAAUAGAAGGUGGGGGCCGACACCACUACCAACCUGUGAGAGUGAUUUCUCCCUGGAGUGUCCACCACUUCCCAUGAUCCCCAAUGGACAUCACACAGCAGAGAAUGUCGGCCUCUUUGUCCCUGGACUGUCUGUGACUUACAGCUGUGAACCUGGCUACUUGCUUGUUGGAGAAACGACCAUUCGUUGUUUGUCUUCAGGAGACUGGAGUGCAGUCAUUCCACAAUGUAAAGAGGCCCAGUGUGACGCUCCAGGAACAUUGCUCAAUGGCCAGAUAAAGGGGCCUGCAAGUCGUCGAGUUGGCGUAACUAUAACCUUUUCCUGUAAUGAAGGAUAUCGAUUACGAGGCCAACCUUCUAGUCAGUGUGUAAUUGCUGGAGAGAGAGCUUUAUGGACCAAGAUGCCAAAAUGUGAAGAAAUCCUUUGCCCACCACCUCCUAAUAUUCUCAAUGGAAGGCAUACAGGCCACCCUUCAGUGAACGUUCCAUACGGAAGCACAGUCACUUACACUUGUGACCCGGGGCCAGAGAGAGGAGUGGACUUCAUCCUGAUUGGGAAGGACACUAUCCGUUGCACCACUGAUAGUCAGAAGACUGGGAUCUGGAGUGGUCCUGCCCCGCGCUGCGAACUUUCUACUCCUGGAAUUCACUGUCCACCUCCCCAGAUCCUAAGAGGCCAAAUAUCGUCUGGGCAGAAAGAUCAAUAUUCAUAUAAUGAUACUGUGGCAUUUGGUUGCUUGUUGGGCUUCACCUUGAAAGGUAGCAAGAGAAUAAGGUGCAGUGCCCAAGGCACAUGGGAGCCCUCUGCACCAGUCUGUGAAAAGGCGUGCCAAGCCCCUCCUGAAAUCCUCAAUGGGCAAAAGGAAGAUAGACAUAGGAUGCGCUUUGAGCCUGGAACAUCCAUAAAAUACAGCUGUGACCCUGGCUAUGUGCUGGUGGGCGAAGAAUCCAUACAUUGCACCUCUGACGGGGUGUGGACACCCACUGUCCCCAAAUGCAAAGUGGCAGAGUGUGAACCUAUAGGAAAGUAUCUCUACAAAAAACCCCAAAAUCGAGUGAUUAGACCAGAUGUUGACUCUUCUUGCGAUGAAGGGUCCAGGUUAGGUGAGAGUGUUUAUCAGCUGUGUCAAGGCACCAUUCCUUGGUUUAUGGAGAUUCGUCUUUGUAUAGAAAUCACCUGCCCACCACCCCCUGUCAUCGACAAUGGGGCACACACAGGGAGUUCCUCAGAAGACUUUCCAUAUGGAACCACAGUCACUUAUUCCUGUAACCCUGGGCCAGAGAAAGGCGUAGAAUUCAACCUCAUCGGGGAGAGCACCAUCCGUUGUACAAAAGAUGGUCAGGAGAGGGGCAUCUGGAGUGGCCCUGCUCCUCUCUGUAAACUUUCCCUCCCUGCUAUUCAGUGCUCACAUGCCUACAUUGAAAAUGGAUACCAGAUAUCGGGCAAGGAAGCCCCAUAUGUCUACAACGACAGUGUGACAUUCAAGUGUGUUGAUGGAUUUACUUUGAAGGGCAGCAGUGAGAUUCGUUGCAAAGCCAAUGACACCUGGGAUCCUGAAAUACCCGUUUGUGAGAAAGACUGCCAGCCACCUUCGGGGCUGCACCACGGUCGGCAUACAGGCGGAAAUAGGGUCCUCUUUGUCUCUGGGAUGACUGUAGACUACACCUGUGACCCUGGCUACUCGCUUGUGGGAAACAAAUCCAUUCACUGUAUGCCUUCCGGAAAUUGGAGUCCUUCUGCCCCUCGGUGUGAAGAAGCAACAUGUGAGCCCGCGGGAGAAGAUGUUCAAGAGCUUCCAGCUGAUUCGCAUGUGAUUCUGGUUAAUACAUCCUGUCAAGAUGGGUACCAGCUGACUGGGCAUACUUAUCAGAAGUGUGAAGAUGCUGAGACUGGGGUUCGGUUCCAAAGGAUUCCACUCUGUGAAGCCAUUCACUGUCCACCUCCACCAGUGAUUGACAACGGGAGGCACACAGGUGUGAUGGCAAAACAGUUUCUUUAUGGAAUUGAAAUCUCUUAUGAAUGUGACCAAGGAUUCUCUCUUCUGGGAGAGAGAAACAUCCGAUGCAUAAGUGAUUCUGAAGGACAUGGAUCUUGGAGUGCACCUCCCCCACGGUGCUUAAAACCUCCUCCUGUGGCCCACUGCCCUCACCCAGAAGUCAAACAUGGAUACACGCUGAAUAAAGCUCGUUCUUCAUAUUCCCACAAUGACAUUGUAUAUGUUGCCUGCAACCAGGGUUUCAUCAUGAAUGGCAGUGACUUGAUUAGGUGCCAUACCAAUAACAAAUGGGUGCCAGGUGUACCAACGUGUAUCAAAAAGGCCUUCGUAGGAUGUCAACCUCCAUUUAAGAUGUCCAAUGGGAAUCAUACUGGUGGCGAGAGAGCUCGAUUUUCUCCUGGAAUGUCAAUCGUGUACCGCUGUGACGAAGGCUACCUGCUGGUGGGAGAGGCACUCCUUAUUUGCACACACGAGGGCACCUGGAGCCACCCUGCCCCUUUUUGUAAAGAAGUAAACUGUAGCUCCCCAGAGUAUAUGAAUGGAAUCCAGAAGGGGCUGGAGUCUGGGAAAAAGUACCAGCAUGGAGCAGUUGUUAAUUUGGAGUGUGAAGAGGGAUAUACCCUGGAAGGCAGUCCCCAGAGCCAGUGCCUGGAGGAUCACGGAUGGAACCCUCCCCUGGCUGUUUGCAAAUCACAAGGCUCACUCACUCCUCUUGUUGGUGGCCUUUCUGUAGGUUUGCUAUUUCUUCUCUUCUUGACUGCUGUCACCUUAUACCUGAUACCCAAACACAGAAAACGCAAUUAUUAUACAAAUAAAAGCCCUACAGAAGGAGAUCUUCGCUUAGAAACACGAGAAGUAUAUUCUAUUGAUCCAUACAACCUAGCAAGCUAACCAGAAAAUAAACAGAGUGCCUUCGUGCUUGGAAUGCAGCUGAACACGGGUUGGAAAGAAACCAUCUGAAUAUCAGCAAGCCUAUCUGUAUGGGCUCCACAUCACCGAAAUGAUGCCUUAAGCUGUAACUUCCUAUUUGCACUUAUUCUCGAGCAGCACAAAGAACAUUUGCUUGAUGAGAAAGAUGGGAGCCCAGUUUCACUGCCACCUGCUCUUCAAGGACUUUCUGAAGCCUCACCUGUGAUGUGCCUGGAGCCAGGCUUUGGCUAUAAGCAGUUACAUACUAGUAGCUCUGAGGAGUCACCUUUCCUAGGAAGGCACUAAAGUGAACUGUUUUUA